CGCGCCUCCACGCGGGCACCACGUGUCUCUCUCCGGCCUGCCAGUGGACCAUGUGGAGCAGCAAGAUGGCGGCGCGGUGGAGGGGGAAAGACGGGGAUUUAAAUGCCGGCAACAGCCCCUUUCUGGCCAGCAGCACCCCACACGAGUUGGUCCUGAGUAGACGUGAUGUAGACGGUGUGGAGAUGGACGCACAGUCCUGCAUGGAUCACUCAAUCCUGGCCAUAUUUGAAGACUCCGCUGUUGCGUCAGAGGAUAAGAGUGGAGCGGAGGAAGAGAGUGAGACGCUGCUGUCAGCCCUCACUGAGAUGCUGGACAGUGUGGAGGAUGAUGAUGAUGUGACUCUGUCUCCCUUUGACACGCUGCCAGACACCAAGCUCCUCACCCACCCAGAGCGCAGGGACAACUCAUUGGAACUAACUCUUGCUGACAGACUUAGACCAAGAUCCAAACCACCAAAUAUAACAGUCACGAUAAAGAUUGAUGGAGAAAAGAAAGAUGAGAGCAAUAUGGAGAGAAACAGCCCACCACAGCUGUUCAAACAACAAAGUCAAACAUUGUUUCACUCCAAAAACAAGAAUGGAGAGGCCGAAGUCGAGGUCUUCAACUCGGCUUCUCUCGUCAACCUGGUGAAGCUCAUGCACCCCUACUGCCUGAAGCUGCAUGUGGAGGAGGAGGAGGAGGGCGAUAAGCAAAGGAAGAAUCACACAAUAUUCUCUCAGGAAGAGGUGUGGAAGUAUGAGAGACCUAGUGAAGAGAGCGAUGAGGAGAUAAAUGUCGUGUCUGAUGAUGAGGUAACUGUGAAAGACACAAAGGAGGAAGAUGAAAAGAGAGAUAAUGACUACCUCUUAAAAAGCGUGCUGCUGAAUGGAAGCUCAUCCAGAACAGCACCAUCCAAAGAGAAGAAAAGGGUGAGCUUUGGCCCCGUUCAAGUGGCUUCAUUUGAUGAUUCAGCCGAGGAGGGAUUGAACGAGAAAAAUCUAACAAGUGGGCACGCAAGUGAAACUGUGUCGGAUCCACUGAACAGCACAAAAACACUUGAACCCAGAACAACUUUCUCUGAAAUGAACAGUGACAAGGCAGAGGUUCUGCCACUCAAAGGUCAGACGAAGGCCAAAUCACUCAGCCUCCAGCAGUACAGGCAGCUGCGCCAAAAGAGGCGGCCCCUGGUGGAGAAACAGGGGAACUACACCACUAAGUGGCCCUCUGUUUCUGAGCCCCCGAAGGAGCUGACUCCCAUCUUCUGUUUACAGGGACAAAGGCAAAACAGCUGUGGACCAAAGGCAGCACACCAUUAUCCAGAUGGUGGAAGAAGUGGCGCUGAUAAGCUCCAUAGAUUUCAGAGUCAUGGUCACAGGACCCAUCGCAUCUCUUCUCCGCAUAAACCUCACCCCUCAGAGGCCAAACCAUCCACUAAUCCACAGCGCAGUGCAUUAAAGCGCCCAAGGACUGAAUCUGAAAUCAUCUCACCUGCUCGUCUGCAGCUAGACAUCACAGCUGAUCCAAAUAUCACCGUGCCUGAAAGCAAAAAAAGUCCAGUAAAGAAGCCAGCGCUGCUCAGUAGUGAUCCCCCAAAUCCUGUCCUCCUCCCCCUGCCACUUAGACAAACAACAUCACCGACCACAGAGCACUCCUCACCAGAGCCCAUAGUGGAGUUUCCUAACAGAGACUCCAGCCCUGACAGCACCACACACUUUCCAGAAAUCCAAAAUGAAUCCUCAGGCCAUCAAAGACAAACCUCCUCCUCAGGGCCAAAGCCUGAGGCGCUGUUAGAAAACCAGGGCUUCACCACUCUGCUUCAGGACAUUAAAAACAAGCUUACAGAGAUAGCCUCAGGUGUCUCCCACAAAUCUCCAGCACCGUGCACGACCACAACACAAAUCGAAUCCUCUUUGGAGUGCAAGGAAAUACACCCCCAAAGAUGCACCCCAACAAAAGAGGCCGAGCUGGAACCAAAGACUCCCAUGUCCCCAGGUCCAGAUACAGUGACAACAGAUGACUCAGGAAUUGAAGCACCUGAUCUGACCAGCCUGCUGGAACAGUUCGAGGAAACACAAGCUAAAGAGGAAAGGGUGUGUGAGAACGAGCCGGACCUACAAACAGAAGGACACAUGGACAGAACUCAGACUAUAGGAACACAAAGAGCCUCUGUGGAAACACUCGAACCUCUAAGCACUUCAGAAUCACCUGGGAAUCCAAAAACCGUCAUGAAUCUUCAAAUGUCAGAGGGUGCAGACAUCCCAGAGCCCUUCGGCACUGAAAUCAUCCUCAGCACUCAAAAAGAUCUGCCAGCAAGACGUAAAAAUCCUCCAUCCAAGGCCAUUCAGAUAAUUGACCCCCGUCCUUUACCGUCCAAGAAGACACACAGUCACCUGUCAGAACUCCCUGCUGCUCUCACCUCUCCUCACCUGUAUUCAGCGGUGUCCUUAGAUCACGAUUAUUGUGGCACCAUAGACCGUUCACUAUCAGGUGCCGCUCAACGAAGGGAUGUUGCUAAAACCUCUGAACUGCAGGUGACUAACGAUGACUCUGCAGCUGAAUGCAAAAAACAGACCUCCACCUGUGAGGUUAGCACCACCAUCAGGGCUGCUGAUACCUCUGCAAAGUCUGCAGUGCAGCGUCUCUCAGAGCAACCAUGCAGCAUGUCCGCAGACAAAGUUCUGUCGCCCUCAGACAGCGCUGCCACAGAGCAAAACUGCAGUCGUGCAGCAGAAGAAAAGACAGCCCCGUGCACUCUCCCCACACCUCCACCCAGUCCUGCCAGAGGGAGGGAGAGGAGAAGGUAUCGGAGAGGAUCCCCUCGUUCUGACUCCAGCUCCAGCUCUUCUUCCUCGUCGUACUCAUCGUCCUCCAGCUCUGCCUCUCCCUCUCCAAAAAGACUAAAACACCGCUACAGGCGUUCAGAGAGCAGCUCAUGUUCAUCGUCAUCCCGCUCUCCAUCCAUUUCCCGCUCCCCACGUCGGCGCUACAGGUGGUCCUACACUCGAUCGAGGUGUAGCAGGUCAAGAUCCAGAUCCUGGUCCCGGUCUAGGUCACCAUCCAGAUCCCGAUCACCAUCUCCGCGUGUUUACCGUAGCCAGUGGGGAGACGUUUACAGCGGCAGAGAGUCCAGGAAGCUCAGGAGAGAGCACGAGAUCAGGAUACAGAAGCUUAAAGCCAUAGAUGAGCGCAGGGUGGUGUACGUCGGCCGCAUCCGCAAGUCUAUGACACACAACGAACUGAGGGAGCGCUUCUCUCAGUUUGGAGAAGUGGAAUGUGUGUCGCUUCACUUCAGAGACAGAGGUGACCACUAUGGCUUUGUCACGUUCUACAACAUGGAUGAUGCUUUUGCAGCCAUCGAUAACGGGAGCAAACUACGGAAGCCUGACGAGCUGCCGUUUGACAUCUGCUUUGGUGGAAGAAGACAGUUCUGUAACUCAGACUACGCUGACCUAGACGCAAACAGAGAUGCAGAGCCGUCUCUUGCCAAGAGCAAGUUUGAGGACCUUGACUUUGAUUCGCUGCUGAAACAGGCCCAGAGAGGAUUAAAGAGGUAGCAGAGCUGUGUGGGAGGACAAGAGCACCAAGCUGGAUGUGGCCAAGAUGAAAAGAACAUAUUUUCAUGAACCUCAGAGCGUUAUGCUCCGACUUUAUGUAGCAAACUUUUGUAUGUUAGUAGUUUUUACAUGUUUUGACUCUAAUAUGCAUGCAGUUUCUGAUGCGUACAGUUAAUACGUACAGAUAUGUAGCACUGUUCAAUUUAAUAAGACGUUCAGUGGAAACCACUUGACAAUGUUUGUUUCAUUCCACAAAAAUGAUUUUGUAUAUUUGUAUAUAACAAAAUAAAGGCACUUAUUUGUGAUUCCUAAA